UAAGAAGAUCCAUAGAAAUGUAUCAGGCAGAAGUGGGAAAUGCAGGUGUUGACGAUUCCUCCCCUCUCCAGGGCCUGUGACACAGAGGGAUAUUAAGAAUCAGAGAAAUUAACAUUCCUUGGUUAGUAGAACAAGCAGCAGUUCCAUCAUCACUUACUUGUUAAGACUUUCUUGUCUGUUGAUGUGAAGAGAUCUGAACUUGCUUCUUUGGAAAACAUUGACCGGGAAUUAAGGAAGUUGAGCAUUGCUUGGUCCUGACAGCUCUAUAUUGGAGCAACACCUUACUUAGUGUGGCAAUUCCGUAUAUAGGGGGACUCCACCCGAUGCAACUAUACUCCAGCUGGGGCACUAUGUGACUAUUGGGAAGUCACAGCUGUGGUGAAAAGGAGGCUUGGCUAUAAAAUAGAAGCUAUAAGUUUAAUGUUAAAAUGAGGUGGACGUCUUUGCCAUGGAACAUAUGGUGGUGCACAUUUUUUAUGUCCCCAAAUACCCAAAAGAUUGUACCUCGGUCAAAACAAACUUUGUCCAUGCCAGAGAGCAUGUCUCUGCACAUAGCAAGCAGCUCACUCCAGAGGCAGUGGAGCAGCAGUGAUUGCCAGUAUUCCCAGAUGCUUGCAUUUAAAGCCAUGGGCCGUGUUUCAAAACCAGGUUUUAGUCACAAAUACUCCUUUGGACAGUGAAGAGCAAUCUAGCUAACAGAAUAACAAAUGCAAUAUGAACAACCUGUGAUCAUUGCCCUAUAUUAUCUGCACAAUACUCCUGGAGAAGAACCAUCACCGUAAAUACAUUCUGUCUGUUUCAUUUCUACUGUGAAAUCUCACACACGGGAGGUGCCCAGCUUCUCAUCCACACAUGAUGCCACUAGGAGCAAAUCCAGGUGCUUCUAAUGCACAUAAGACAGAGGACACCACUUUUUCAACAGCAGAGUGCCUCAUCUACCUCUUCACUGAAGCCUACCAUGACAACAUUCAGAAGGCAUUGUCUACCUUUAGGGGAGAGAAAGUACUUCUAUUCAUAGAUUUCUUUCAUCUUUUCCAGGAAGUCCAUGAAUCUCCUUGACCUGACCCCUUCCCUAACUAUUAUCUUGGUUGUCUCCACUAUGGAAGCUGUUUGUUGGGAACAUCAGAGACCAGGUUCUUGCUCAUAAAACUCUUUUUAACCUUGCUCCUCCUAACCUUUGACUCCAGAGGCUUAACAAUUUCCUUUGUGAUGUCAUGGUUUAUUCUGUUUUGUGCACUGGCUGCAAAACUCCUGAAAUUCAGGAAAGGGUAUAUGGAGAGACUCUUAGUAUACUCCAUUUGGAGAACAACGGCCAUAGUGGGAGUGAGCUUUGAAGAGCUCUCCUGCAUCGGUUAUUGAAUGCCAUUCAUUUAAAGGAAAUUCAGGCAAACAAUCAAUGGGUUUUUUAAUGUGAUCUUAUAUCCAGCAAAUGGCAGUAUAUCACUUAAUUGUGCAGCCACUGGUGUUUGUUGCAUUCUAUUUUUUAAAAAAUCUGCAAAAUAUGGAGUUUGCUGGUUUAGCUUAUAACCCCAACCAUUCCAAACAAAGAGUGUUCAUUAUUGAAUUUAAAUGCUUGUGACAUUCAUUAAUGAAUUCAAAAGCUUGUAAUGACAUAGGAUUUAUUGUUCAUAUAAUUAUCUUGGGAAAUCCAGUCACUGACAGCUGGCGAAUGGGCUCCCAGCUCUUCUUCAACAUUUGCACUGGUGCUUUAAGACCUCCCCCACCCCAUUGCUGGAGCUGGGGAGGGGGAGAAUGGGUGGUCCAUCGCAAACAGCCAGGCGCUGCCUUGACUCCAGGAGCCCUGUAUCUGCUUUGAUGGACAACAAAGCUCCUCCCCUCUUGAUUCUGAUACGGACUAAGCACCGCCGCUGUUUUCUGUGGAAGAAAAACAGAGAAAAGAUGCAGAUGGUGCGCCGCUUUCUCAUCCCUUGCGCAAUCUAACCCGGGAUUCUGUGUUGUUUCCUUGGCUGUGCUGGAAUCAGAGAGGACAGAGGUCCAGCAACGGAAGAGGAAAUUUUGGCGACAUUAUGCUGUCUCUGGAAGAAAGACUACUCCUGCCAUGGCAAGUAAGAGCUUUGCUUUUGGUUUCUGUCUCUCUCCAGAGUGCCGGAGAGAUGACCCAGCUCCGUUAUUCGAUUCCUGAGGAGUUAGCUCCUGGGGCCUUUGUUGGGGAUGUGGCUAAAGACUUGGGUCUAGAUGCUGCCCGGGUGCUCUCCCGACAGCUGCAGAUCAUGGCUGGCUCUGCUGAAAAGUACUUCGAAGCCAAGGUGCCAAAUGGUGUCUUGGUUGUGAAAGAACGGCUGGACCGAGAGCAGCUUUGUGGGCCCAGCUUACACUGCCUGCUCUAUCUGGAGCUCCUACUUGCAAACCCAACAGCCUCCCAUCGUGUGGAAGUUGAGCUCUUGGAUGUGAAUGACAACGACCCAGUUUUUCUUACCAGUCUCACCCAUUUGGAGAUAGCAGAGUCUGCAAUGCCAGGGGCCCGCUUCCCCCUGGAAAGUGCUGAAGAUUUGGACAUUGGCGUGAAUUCAGUCAGCACCUACCAGCUGAGUCCACGUGGACAAUUCAGCCUCAGUGUUAAGUCACAUAAAGGCGGCAGCAAACCUGAGCUGGUGUUAGAGAAGGCGUUAGAUAGAGAACAGCAGCAGCGCUACCCCCUGGUGCUUACAGCCCUGGAUGGAGGAGUUCCUGCUAAAUCCGGGACAGCAAAGAUUCUUGUGUCAGUCAUAGACGCCAAUGACAAUCCACCUGUCUUUAACCAGUCGGUGUACAAAGUUAGCCUACUAGAAAAUGCCCCAGUGGGGGCCCUUGUGAUACAUUUACAAGCUACAGACAAUGAUGAGGGGGCAAAUGGGAAAGUUUCCUACUCCUUCAGCAACCACACUCCACAGAAAAUCCGGAAAAUGUUCAGCCUUAAAGAGGAGACUGGGGAGAUAAGAGUCCUGGGAAGUGUGGAUUACGAAGAUGACACAUUGUAUGAAAUUGAUGUGAGGGCCAAAGACCAAGGGUCACCUUCCAUGGAUGCACACUGCAACAUCUUAGUGGAGGUAGUGGAUGUGAAUGACAAUGAGCCUAUCAUUAGGUUCACUUCCCUCACCACCACCAUACCAGAAGAUGCUCCCCCAGGUACCACAGCAGGGCUCCUCAGAGUCAGUGAUGCAGAUUCUGGGGAAAAUGGAGAAGUACAGCUUCAUCUCCCUGCAGAUGUCCCCUUCCAGAUUGUACCUUCCUUCAAGAACCACUACUCUUUGAUCACCAGUGGCCCCCUAGAUCGGGAGGAAAUCUCACAGUACAAAGUUAUGAUCACAGCUACGGAUUCUGGUUCUCCACCUCUCUCCAGUCAAAGAAACUUCCUUAUAAAUAUAUCUGACCUGAACGAUAACCCACCCCACUUCUCACAGCCUGCAUACGAGACCCUCGUAACUGAGAACAAUGCUCUGGGGCUGCCAGUAAUUUCUAUAUCUGCCUUUGACCCUGAUCUGGGGCAGAACUCACACCUGUCUUAUUCGUUAGUGGAGCAUAUCAUAAAUGGAAUGCCCAUUUCCUCCUAUGUCUAUGUUAUGGAGAACGGUACUAUCUACAGUGGCUGCUCAUUUGACUAUGAGCAAACCCAGCAACUGGUUUUCCAGAUUCAAGCUAAGGAUAAUGGUUCUCCUCCACUCUCUGCCAACGUGACUGUCUCCAUCUUCAUCAUGGACCAGAAUGAUAAUGCUCCUCUCGUUGUAUACCCUGUAACCAAGAAGGGGGUCCUAGCCCAGCAGCCAGUCCCUUUUUCUGCACAAGGAGGUUUCCUGGUAACCAAAGUCACAGCUGUGGAUGCAGACUCUGGGCAGAAUGCAUGGGUUUCUUAUAAGUUGCAGCAAGCCACAGACCCAAGCCUUUUCCAAGUCUCGGCGUUCACAGGAGAGAUCCGAACCGUCCGAGCCCUCCUGGAACAAGACGCCCCUUCCCAAGAGUUGGUUGUUGAGAUCUUGGACAAUGGGAAGCCACCUCUGUCUGCCACAGCCACUCUGAUUCUUAAUCUAGAGCAUGAGCAUGAGUUGGGCACAGCAGACCUCAGAGAGUCCAGCAUGGAACAAGAAGGGCUGUCUCACCUGACCUUGCAACUCAUCAUUGCUCUAAUCACAAUCUCAGGACUUUCUGCUCUAGCCUUUGUGUUUUUAGCUAUGAAGUGUCUUAAAAGAUUGAAAGGAAGACACUCAGAUGUGGGUUGGACCAGCGACCUGAAGGGUAGGAACUCUAUUCCUGUGGGAGGACACUUUGACACGUUCUCAGUACGCUUGAGCCAGGAGGAAAAAAUGGAAUUCCCUACAGCCUUCAUUGGGGGAGAUGUUGUUUCUCCUUUUACCCUCCUAAGGCCUGGCCAGACCCACUUUUCAGAAGGGAGGAAUUUCAGGAUAGCUACACCAGUCACUCAGCAGGAUAUCAACAGCACAGGCACACUUCUGGCCUGCAGCCUUUCCCAAGAGCCAGACGAGCAAGCACAACCUAACACAGAUUGGCGUUUCUCUCAGGCCCAGAGACCAGGAACCAGUGGGUCUCAGAAUGGGGAUGAGAAUGGGACUUGGCCAAACAACCAGUUUGAUACAGAAAUGCUUCAAGCCAUGAUUCUUGCAUCAGCAAAUGAAGCUGCUGCUGCCGCCGCUGCAAAUCCUGAUGGAAAUUCUACUCUGGGAGGAGGAGCAACAGCAGCAGGCACAAUGGGCCUCAGCACCAGGUAUGGCCCCCAGUUCACCCUGCAGCACGUCCCUGACUACAGACAGAAUGUGUACAUCCCUGGCAGCACAGCCACUCUCUCCAAUUCUGGAGCCAAGCGGGAUGGGAAACCUGCAGCCUCCGGAGGCGGAAACAAGAAGAAGUCAGGGAAGAAGGAGAAGAAGUAAGAUUCGCAGGAUGACAUCGCUGCCACCUUAGAUCUUAAGGGCAGACUCUUCCAGCAUUCCCCCAAUUCAUAGCCUAGGAUGGAGGAUGAAUGUGAAUUUGUGCUUAACCAUUUUUUAAAAAUAAAAAAGUGUGGAACAUGGCGAAUGUACAUUGCUGUCAUCAGAGCUAGGAGAAAGUCUCCUACUGUUAGUCCUCCUGAUGUUAAAGUAUCUGGAAACAAAACAAAACAAAAAAAAGCCCUGUGGAUAGUGAUGAAUUAUAGCUUAUACUCUCAUGCGGAUGAUCUAAUAUGCAAGGGUGUCAGAUCUUUGGAAUAUUUUUCUCUCCCAUUGCUUUGCUCCAGAGGGAUCUGCACAACAUACAAGGCUUAGGGUGGGCCCUGUCCAUUGUAAAUAAUUCUUCUAAACAGGGGUUUUGAUUUAUACAUUUUUCCAUUUAAAGAACAUUCUCACGUCCCCCAAAUUUUGAUGAAUGCUUUCUGUCCCCACAAAAAUAUCUCAGUUGGAAUCCUUGUUAUGAAAUUGAUGAGGGGAUGCUUUAGUUUCUGCUUUUUUAUUUUAAAACCGUGUUCAUCCUGCAUUAUUAGAAGGGAAUGAGUUUCAACAGCAUUUUUAAAAGUUAACCAAUGAUGGUUGAAAAAAUAAAACUGAAUGGUUAUACCUAAGAGGCAAGGCGCACAAACACAUUGCUAUGGGAAGCCUCCCAGAGGCAGAGAAUGCCUCACAUAGUAGGAAGAUGGAGAAUUUUGCCUGUGUUGAUUGAUUUACAGUGGCCUCUGACGAGACAACACAUCUCAUCUACACUUUGAUCCAUAAAUAUUUAUGUGUACAGUAAUUGUUUUCUGGAAUAAGUUUAAGGAAGUCAAAGUCAAUCGCUUGUGAGUAUAGUGAGCUGCCGCUCCUCCUUUAAGCACUGAAAUAGCUCUGUUAGUUCCACAGGCAGACGCCUUCUGUCAGUGAAUGGGCUCUGGUGGCCUUGUAGGUAGAGAAUUAAAACAAAAAUGGAAUGCUUCAUAUUUUCUGCACAUCGAGCUGCAUGCAAAACAUUCACUUCACAUCUACGGUAGGCCAGCUGCCGCCUCCCAACCUAGAAUAGAGAAGUCAUUGCAUGCCAUAUACAGCAUGAUGUAAAUAUGCUGUGAAGUGCCCACAUCCUGGUGGAACCUGAGCAUUGUCUGUCUGUGAGUAGAGUUCAGUAACAAGAUGCAUUGCCCUGGAUCAGAGCAGUAGGAAAGUUUCCACACGCCUAGGCAGCACAGCCAAGGAAGGCCCUUGGUUUGCUGGCCUUCUUGACAUGCGAACAACAGUUGGUCUGAGGACGCAUGGGGCCAGGCACAGAUCAGGGAUGCCGGAGCUGGAGCUGGGCAGGGAUUUCUGAUACCAAGCCCCCAAGGCCAAGUUCUGAACGUUAGAGAAGUGAGUAACCAUUGGUGCACUGAAGGUCCUUGGGACCUCUGCUAUCACCCCCCACUUGGAUAUAAAUCCACUGGAUUUAAAGUGAAUAAUCAUAAAUCCCUUUGCUGUGUUUCGAAAUGACUUGUUUUAGGGUUUUUAGCCACAUUGUUUCAUAGCCUAGUAUGGAGAGGAAGUGAGCGUUUCCUGCUCCCUGUGCAUUUUAUCAGCUUGUGUUCUCAUCUCUUUCCUCGCUCAAGCGCAGCACAGACUAGCAGGGAGCUUCGGCCUGCUGCUGGCAAACUCAGGUUGCCUUUCUAUAGAGGCACUGACCAGCCGAGGGCAGAGAAGCAGCAUAUUUCCAACAUGGAGGGCUAAUCACUAGGCCAGAAAUAUAUUACUCUUUCUUAAACCUUUGAUAAGGAGCUUGUCUGAGAUGGUCUGGCCUUCUAUGAGCACCUCAGGUUAAACAUCUGACAACUUUUCAAAACAUUGCGGACCAAUCUCAUUGGCUGUGUAGUCUUGCACUGCUAGAGCGUACCUGCUGCCUCCUGUGUGUCUAGAAAGCGGGAUUUGUCUGUGGGAAGAAACUUCAGUCGACGUAUGAUUUUUGUACUGAUCCCAGUCACCCACCCACCCCUUGUGUUUGGUGACUGCACUAGAAACAGUUUACAUAGUUAGUUAAAACAGAGCGCAAUCCAUUGGGAAGUUCUCCUGCACAAGCUCGGCUGGAAUCACCAGAAGCUGCACAAGCGCAUGGCAAUUCUGUCCUGCAGUUUCUCUCCAUCUUACCGGGGCUGGUGCAGGUGAUCUUCCCCACAGGAUUGGGCCUGGGGCUUAUUAUGUACUGAAGUAGUUAUUAUGUGACUCUUCUCAAAGUACUGUAGAUUAAUCUUAGUCAUUCUCUUUUUCCUUUUAGUCAAUAAGCUGAAAGUAGUGUAGUAGUGCUGAAAACCUAGUGAUGUGUAGGUUUCUUUCUUCUUUUUUAAUCUUAGUAAUUGAGUUGUGGACAUCAGUAUUUUUUUUAUUCCUUUGUAUCUUCUUUACGUGUGCUCUUUGUGCUUUUAAAUGUAUGUGAAUUGAAACACACUUACUGUCCUUUCAAUGUGUCUAAUAUUGAACUAUACUUAUAUAUUAUAUAUAUGCUUAUAUCCUUCUUAUAUCCAUAUAGACUGACGUCAAUGUGUUACACGCAAGUUUUAUACUCUAAUAUUUAUAUUGCUCUUUUUUCUUUGGGGAAAAUAAUAAAAUCUUUUCUGCUGA